GAUGGAAUAGAGAAGGCGCAUGUGUGAUGAGUGUGUAGUAUAUGUAGACACUGCCCACCGCUGUCGCGCUCCCCCCACCUUGCAUGUCUACCGCCGGACGGAGUCGCACAAGGGUUCGUGCCACUGCAGGGGGAAAACCCGGCAAGAAUGGAUUUCUAACAACGUUUCUCCUUUCUUUCCUUUACCCAACUGACGUCAUCCUCAAUGUCUCUCACAAAUUUGAACUAACAAAAUGAGGAUUUCUUGUAAUCAGCUUUUACUGCUAUUCUCUUGCGUUUGGGGACUUACUAUGGGUGCUUUUCCGAGCAGCGUUCAAAUCGGCGGGCUGUUCAUCAGGAACACAGAUCAGGAGUACACUGCCUUUCGGUUGGCUAUUUUUCUUCACAACACAAGCCCUAAUGCAUCUGAGGCCCCCUUUAACCUGGUACCCCACGUGGACAACAUUGAGACUGCCAACAGCUUCGCUGUGACCAAUGCCUUCUGUUCGCAGUACUCGCGGGGCGUUUUCGCCAUUUUUGGCCUGUACGACAAGAGGUCGGUUCACACGCUAACGUCCUUCUGUGGCGCGCUGCACAUCUCCCUCAUCACGCCCAGUUUCCCCACCGAGGGCGAGAGUCAGUUCGUCUUACAGCUGCGGCCCUCCAUACGAGGGGCCCUUCUCAGCCUGCUAGACCACUACGACUGGAAUCGAUUCGUCUUUCUCUACGAUACCGACAGGGGGUAUUCGAUUCUGCAGGCUAUCAUGGAAAAGGCAGGCCAGAUUGGUUGGCAGGUCAGCGCCAUAUGUGUCGAGAACUUUAAUGAUGCCAGUUACCGGCAGCUUCUCGAAGACCUGGACCGCAGGCAGGAAAAGACGUUUGUUAUAGACCUGGAGGCAGAGAGACUGAACAACAUGCUGGAACAGGUUGUGAGUGUCGGCAAGCAUGUCAAAGGCUACCAUUACAUCAUGGCAAAUUUGGGUUUUAAGGACAUAAAUCUGGAGCGUUUCAUGCAUGGGGGAGCCAAUGUGACAGGCUUUCAGCUGGUGGACUUCAGCAAUCCCAUGGUUAUUAAACUCAUGCAGCGAUGGAACAAGCUGGACCAGCGCGAGUAUCCCGGCUCCGACGCUCCUCCCAAGUACACUUCCGCUCUGACAUAUGACGGAGUGAUGGUGAUGGCAGAAGCCUUCAGGAACCUCCGCAGACAGAAGGUGGACAUCUCCCGCAGGGGCAAUGCCGGAGACUGCCUGGCCAACCCUGCUGCCCCCUGGAGCCAGGGCAUCGACAUGGAGCGCACACUCAAACAGGUGCGCCUCCAAGGAUUAACAGGAAAUGUCCAGUUCGACCACUACGGGCGCAGAGUCAACUACACUAUGGAUGUUUUCGAAUUAAAAAGUAACGGCCCCAGAAGGAUUGGAUACUGGAAUGAUGCUGAUAAGUUGGUUCUGACCCAGGAUCAAACCUUGCUUCCCAAUGAAACGUCUGGCAUGGAGAACAGAACCGUGAUUGUAACGACUAUCAUGGAAGGGCCUUAUGUAAUGCUGAAGAAGAACUGGGAGAUGUACGAGGGGAACGAGCAAUAUGAGGGAUACUGCGUGGAUCUGGCAUAUGAAAUUGCUAAACACAUUGGUUUCAAGUAUAAGAUCUCCAUCGUGCCUGAUGGAAAGUAUGGAGCUCGGGACCCAGAGACAAAGAUCUGGAACGGGAUGGUUGGGGAGCUGGUGUACGGGAAAGCGGAAAUCGCUGUGGCCCCGUUGACUAUUACUCUGGUCCGGGAGGAGGUCAUUGACUUUUCGAAACCCUUCAUGAGUUUGGGCAUCUCCAUCAUGAUCAAGAAGCCCCAGAAGUCCAAACCGGGCGUAUUCUCCUUCCUGGACCCGCUGGCCUACGAGAUCUGGAUGUGCAUUGUGUUCGCCUACAUCGGCGUGAGCGUGGUGCUCUUCCUGGUCAGCCGCUUCAGCCCGUACGAGUGGCACACCGAGGAGCCCGAAGAGGGCACUGACGGUCUGCCUAGCGACCAGCCCCCCAAUGAGUUCGGAAUCUUCAACAGUCUCUGGUUCUCCCUCGGAGCCUUCAUGCAGCAGGGUUGCGACAUCUCGCCCAGGUCUCUAUCUGGACGCAUCGUGGGUGGAGUGUGGUGGUUUUUCACCCUCAUCAUCAUCUCCUCCUACACGGCUAACCUGGCUGCCUUUCUCACUGUGGAGAGGAUGGUGUCACCUAUCGAGAGUGCUGAAGAUAAACUCGCAAUUGUGAGAAAAGAAGAUUUAAACGAAUCUUCACUUAAUAGCAUGAAGAGCAAAUCCUACUUCCAGAGGUCAAAGAUCGCCGUUUAUGAGAAAAUGUGGAGCUACAUGAAGUCUGCCGAGCCCACGGUGUUCACUAAGACCACGGCAGAGGGAGUGGCACGAGUGAGAAAAUCCAAAGGGAAGUACGCCUUCCUGCUGGAGUCCACAAUGAACGAGUACACGGAGCAGCGCAAACCCUGCGACACCAUGAAAGUGGGAGGAAACCUGGACUCCAAAGGCUACGGAGUGGCGACGCCUAAGGGCUCACAGUUAAGAAGUGCAGUUAACCUGGCAGUUUUAAAACUGAAUGAACAAGGCCUGUUGGACAAAUUGAAAAACAAGUGGUGGUACGACAAAGGAGAGUGUGGCAGCGGAGGAGGUGGUGAGAAGGUUAGCCACUAUGUCAACCAACGCGGGUAAACAGUUUCCUCUGUAACGGGAGCAUC